AGUGGUGUCAUGGCCGUUGCUUCCGCUGUGCUGCGGGCGCUGGAAGCGCUGGAUGUUGGGGGUGCAGCAGAUAAGAUUAGUUUAAUACCUCAAGACUUCUUUGCAGAGCUGUGUGAACAAAUAGUUCAACAUCUGAACCAUAAGAUCCCUGGUGUAAAUAUAGCUGAACUGUGUCAGAGAAUUACAACAUCUGGGACUGAGAUUGGUGUUGGUGACCUGGCAAAAAUAGCUAACAUUGUUUCAUUUCUAUUUAGCACAGCAGCCAGAAACAAUCUCUCUACAGAAGAACUCGUCACCACCUUGGGCAAUGCAGGCAGCGCACUGCCGAAACAUGCGCUUCAGGUUAUUCGUCAUGUGUGGAAUGAGCAGGGCAAAUCCAUUAGUGUGUCAGAAGAUGCAGGAAAUAUGGCCACCGUGGGGCAGUUUGUAGAUAUUAAAUGGAAACUGGGAGUUGCAAUGAGCUCUGACACGUGCAGGUCUCUGAAGUAUCCUUAUGUUACAGUGACGCUAACAGUGGCAGACCCUUCAGGACAACUAACAGACAAAACUUUUGAAAUGACGAUCCCCCAGUUCAAGAACUUCUUCAGACAGUUCAAGGAAAUGGCAGCUGUUCUUGAAACAGUUUGAAGAGAAAUUUUAUUUACACUGAAAUUUUGGACAGACUUACGUCAAAUAAACUUUCCGUUCUGCACAGGGAAUAAAGUGCCGUUGUUCAGCAAGGUAUGUAUCCUUGUCUCUUCAGCAGGUAUUUGUCAGCAUCAUCCUUGCAUUGCUGUGAAGAUUUCUUCACUUUUGAAUACUUGAAGCAACUCUGCAGUAUUUGUGAAAAUGUAUUCAGCUUUGUUCAUUCUGGUAGACAAAAGAUCAGGAUGUGUAUGGAGAAACAUCACUGUAGACUUUCUAAUAUCCAACAAUAAGAAACUACACACUGAACUCUGGAAUGCAGAAAGACACCUGAAAAUGUUGACUGGGAAGAUACUGAGAGAAGUGUAAAUGUGAUGUUAACACUUUUGUCUGUAAAAUUGAGAUGCACUUGGAUUCAACAGUAAUAUUAAGUAUAAGGAGUAUAUGAAGUUACAUGUAACAAGCAUACAGUUACUGUUGAAGAAUAGCAAUGUCAAGUAGAUAGUUGCAGGUAUUUACAGAUCUGGAUUUCAGUCUUCUUUUUAUAACUGGAGUAGUUGUCUUAAUACCUUGUUUGUUUCAAAUACUUAUUUCCCAUCACCUGUGCUUGUGAAAACUGAGUUAAUGCAGUAAGCUUUUCUGGAGACCCAAAAUUUAUUCUCUGAAAUGAAGCUCACAGGUUAAUUUUAAAUAAAGGUAGGUGAAUUUAAAUCAAAAGCAUUUAAAUAUAAUUUUGCCUUUGUAUUUAAACCAGCUCUAAUCUGUGGCACUCUGCUUGAUGUUUUGAUUAGCAGUCUGCUUUAUAAUGAAGUUAGAAAUAUUGAUGUAGUUGCCUCACUUCAGGCUCUAAAAUGGAAAAGUCAAGAGGAAACAUGAAAAUUCAGGCUGGAGUGUUAGCCAAGCAUGUCAGAGAAAGAACCAUGCUAAAAGUCAGCCAGAGUUCUUUCCUUCUGUUGUGUGGCAGGAGUCUGUUGGGUUGUGGUGUUCUCAGAGAAUGUCUUGACCAACACUUUUACUCUGAUUCUGAAGAAUGGGGGCAUUUCCAAAGGGGGAGUGAUAAAUCCAGAGUGUUUGUAUGCUUUUUUGUUGUUGUUGUUCUGGUCUUUUUUCCUUUUUUUCCUUUUUUUUUCCCUUUCUUUCCCCUUGUUUCCCAUAUACAAACCACAGAUUGCAAACAUAGUGGGAUGUAAUAAAAACAGUCCUUUCACAUUUUGAGAUGUGGUGGUGGUGUAGGAGAGCAGAGCAGGUAACUAUGAAGAGAGGCAAUUCAUACUGAUAAGCAGACUGAAGUUUAUGCUGCAGAGUGGUAGAGACUGAGAAACAGUUCUGCAAGGGCAGAUCCUCAAGGGAUUUCAGGCUCCCUUAAAUGAGAACAUGUACCUUUGUAAAGACACCCUCUUUUAUUAUUAACUUUUUCUAGAAGCUGGCUGAAACUCAUUGGCACAAGUUAUGCCUGUCUUUGUGUCAUAAAAAUAAAUGGCAGCACACUGCAUGCUACAUUACUGCAGUCCUUUCAACAGAGAUACACCACCACUGUCUGGGCAUUGUGCGUGGUGCAUAAAAACAGUACUUGGAGUUGCUUGAAAGCCCAGAUCAGUGAAAAAGUGUUGGCUUUAACAGGAGAUAGUGAAGCCUGUGGCUGUUGGUCUGGAUGACACUUUCUUUGUGCUGCUAAAGUCCAAGGUGUGUGCCUUGUGACUGGAGAGAACAGGUUGCUAUUUUCUGGAAUCCUCUCAGUGGAAUGUCACAAAAUGGUCUUGGGAGCAGGCUUCCCAUUUGCAUUUCCUCUUUUCUGUUUGCAAGGGCUCAGGACUGAACACAGUGCUAAAAGAAGCCGCUAGGUAUAUGGAAAAGUGGUAUGAGCAGCUGAUUUAUUUUUUAUUGUUAACUUGCAGAAGUCAGAGUGUAAGGCUGCUGGAACUGGAAAACAUUGUCAUGCUUUGGCCUAGUGAAUUAAUUGGUUUACAUUAACGCAAGAGUUCCAGAAAAAGAAAAACAUUUGGUUUUUAAUAAAGCUGGAGCCUUAAAAAUACUUUGCACGUGUUCUAAUGCACUCAAGUUCUUCAUAUAGCUGGAAAUACUUGUGCCUUCAUUGGAACUGGAUGAAAGAGAAGAUUUGUGUCUUACAGCAAUUUAGUAGAUGCUAGAAGGUAAUGAGAAAACUUCAAGUUACCAUUUUACCUUCGUCCAUCACCAAGAGGAGAAGGUUGACAGCCUUUCAAAAAUCUUAUAUUUUGUCAAGUCAAAUGUUCUAGAUAUAUUAAUGAAUAUUUUUGAAAUGUCCCUGAACUCCAGCAUGUUGUAACUGUGGCUGGAAGAUGCCUGGACAUGUGUGCUAUUCCAGUUUAAUGCCUGAGAAUUUUCAUAGGUGUUUAUGGACAUCUGGGAGAUGUGAUUAAAAGUUGGCUAUGUACUCAAACUUCUGAGAUUUAUCCUGUUCACCAUUAAUUGAAAUUCCUAUACUGAGUAUUGGAAGAAUUAAGUACUUCAUUAAUAAAACCUAACUAAAACCCUAACAGUUUUCAGGGUAGCCAUAUUAACAUGUUCAAACAAGCUGUUAAAUUGUCUGUAUGUGCAGAAACCAGAUGUCUUCAGAGAGAAUCGGGAGUCCUUGUGUGUUUCGAACUCUACUUGUUGAUUGAUACGAAGUUGUAUAACAUUAAUAUUUUUGUAAGCCCAUUAAACAUACAGGUAACAAAGGUGAA